UGGUUUUAUAUGAAACUGAUGACGAUAUGCGGGUUAAAUGCAAACACAUCUACACUGAUCGUGAUAAAUACUCGAACAGAUAAACUACCAAGGAGUGGAAGUGCAGCUACACAUACAGUAAAGAUCGUCGAAACUGGAUACAGAACUAUUCAACUAAACCUUCAAUCCACGAAUCACAACCGGAUUCUGGUCGACAGACCAUGUCCACUGUCCACAUAAGCAUCACACAAGUGACCAGCCAGCCUGCCACUACUAUUCUUCAGUUCUCACGCGAUACCGUGUCCCACCCAGAUCAGUUCCAUGGCAACCACAAAUCCCAGUCCAAGGUCAGUAAUAAUGCACCAGUGGAGACGCCAAGACAGUAAGCAACAGAAUCCUUGACACAAACUCCUUCGUAACGACCCCGGCUGCAAGGGGCAAAAACAUAUAAUGGGAGCAAGAGCCGCUUCUUUGUCCGUCUCAUGCUACUUCUCCAUAAGGCCAUUGAUGCCUUACCUGGCCAGUGCAUAACUUGAGGAUCUGGCUUCCAUGCUAGUUUCAUCAGAAACCGUGCAACCCCUCCAAUUUUCGAACAAGACACACAACAACAAACUGUACAUACCUUCCUUCGGCCUGGUUCUUGUGCUGCUGAUCUCCUUGGCCUCUCCCGCAAGUUCCUGCACGGAGCAGGAGAAGACCUCCCUUCUCCAGUUCCUCGCUGGACUCUCACGGGAUGGUGGCCUCGCCGCCUCAUGGCAGGAUGGCACGGAUUGCUGCAAGUGGGAAGGGAUCACCUGCAGGAAAGAUAGGACGGUCACCAAAAUCUUGCUGCCUUCAAAGGGCCUCGAGGGGAAAAUCUCACAGUCCCUUGGGAUCCUCACCGGGCUGCAGUACCUUGACCUCUCUCACAACUCGCUGUCCGGUGGUCUGCCGCUGGAAGUGUUGCUGUCCAGCAGCAUCAUCAUCCUUGAUGUAAGCUUUAACCAGCUCAAUGGAACGCUCCAGGAGCUGCCAUCUUCAACCCCUGCCCGACCUCUGCAGGUACUGAACAUCUCAAGCAACCUAUUCGCGGGACAGUUUCCAUCCACCACAUGGAAAGCAAUGGAGAAUCUGAUGGCAGUCAACGCAAGUAAUAACAGCUUUACAGGGCAGAUACCAACUCAUUUCUGUAGCAGUUCACCAUCCCUCGCUGUGCUAAAUCUGUGUUUAAACAAAUUCAGUGGCAACAUCCCCAAACAACUUGGUGAUUGCUCCAAGCUGAGAGAGCUCAGGUUCGGGUACAACAACGUCAGUGGAAUAGUCCCAGAUGAACUUUUCAAUGCUACUUUGUUGGAAUACCUGUCUUUUCGUAAUAAUCAUUUAAACGGAGUUCUUGAUGGUGUGCACAUAACCAAGCUCAGAAAUCUAGUAACACUCGAUCUUGGUGGGAACAACUUCAGUGGCGAGAUUCCAGAUUCCAUAGGCCAGCUCAAAAAAUUGGAGGAGUUCCAUUUGGACAACAACAAUUUGUCAGGAGAGCUGCCAUCAGCUCUAAGCAACUGCACGAAUCUCAUAGCAAUUGAUCUCAAGAAAAACAAUUUCAGUGGACAGCUCACCAAGGUCAAUCUCUCCAACCUGCCAAAUCUAAAGACAUUGGAUGUUUACUUCAACAGCUUCAGUGGCACAGUUCCAGAAAGCAUAUACUCUUGCAGCAAUCUGACUGCACUGCGGGUAUCUACCAACAAAUUAGAAGGGCAGCUUUCACCAAGAAUGGGUGAUCUGAAGAGCCUCACCUUCCUAUCACUCUCUACAAACUCUUUCAGUAAUAUCACAAACGCACUUCACAUCCUUAAGAGCUGCAGGAACCUUACCACUCUGCUUAUCGGCGAUAAUUUCAAGCAAGAGCUCAUGCCAGAGGAUGACAGAAUUGAUGGCUUUGAGAAUCUCCAGGUUUUGGACAUCGAAAAUUGCCAGCUGUCGGGAAAAAUACCUCUAUGGAUAUCAAGGCUCACAAAUUUGGAGAUGUUACUUUUAAAAAGAAAUCGACUCACUGGACCGAAACCAAGCUGGAUCAACUCCCUAAGCCAUCUCUUCUUUAUAGAUGUGUCAAACAACAAUCUUACAGGAAAAAUCCCGUUAACCUUGAUGGAGAUGCCAAUGCUAAAAUCAAUUGAAAGUGCAACUCAUUGGGACCCAAGGGUCUUUGAGUUACCUAUUUAUUACAAUGGUCCAUCACUUCAAUACCGUGUUGUUACAUCUUUUCCAACAGUGUUGAAUCUAAGCAACAACAGCUUGACAGGUGUGAUUCCCCCACAGAUUGGUCAGUUGAAAGUGCUUGCUGUACUUGAUUUCAGUUUUAAUAAGUUAUCCGGGCAGAUCCCACAAUGUAUUUGCAACCUCACAAACUUGCAGGUGCUAGACUUGUCCAGUAACAAUCUCACAGGUGAUAUCCCAGUUGCAUUGAACGCCCUGCACUUCCUUUCAGCAUUCAACAUUUCAAACAAUAACCUGGAAGGGCCUAUUCCAUCUGGAGGCCAGUUUGAUACAUUUCAGAAUUCUAGUUUCGACGGGAACCCAAAGCUGUGUGGCUCUGUUCUCACUCACAUAUGCAAUUCAGCAGAAGCGCAUGAAGCCAUCAUUCUGUCAGGAAAACAAACUAACUGCAAGGUGGCCUUUGUGAUUGCCUUCAGUGUGUUCUUUGGUGUAGGGGUGUUGUAUGAUCAGUUAGUCUUAUCAAGGUAUUUUAGCUAGUCCUGCUUGGGUUCACAUAUUGGUUUAUGAAAAUUUCGUUCAUAACAGGCUGCUACUCAGGUUUAGCAACAAGUCCAGAAAAUAAGCUUCUCCUCUAGGUGAGUCACAAUUAGGUAGCAGCUAAAUAUUCCAGGGUGAAGAGUGAUUUCAUUAUGUGGAGAUGUAAAAGUAUGUAACAAUGUAAGACAUUCUGUCAAAAACUCAGUCAUCUCAGCAUUCCAUCUAACCCGAUUCAGCACAUCAGAGUAUGUACCCUUGAUGUUCUAAUAGCUUUAAUUUCAACAAUAAACGCAUAUAAUUGUUGACAUCAUCAGCUGGGGAAAACAUGGUACAGUGCCAGCUACUUCGCUGUUUCUCUAGCAUCAGUAAAGAAUAUCGGUAGGUACAUGUACACGGGGUCGAUCACAAAUAAGUUACUGCAACUUCACCAGACAAUGAACAGCACCAAAAGAACAUUGCAGAAUUAUUUCAAAAAAUAAGGCAUAGAUGAAGGGAAAAAACUUACCGAUUUACCGAAGACAAAACAGAGUUCAACCACGAAAAGUAUCAUUUCAAGGAGUCUACUUAAAUGUCAUCCUCUCUUUUCUCGGUAACGGAUAGCUAUCCUAAUUUCUUAUUCCAGUUCCAUUCUUACUGGUGCAGGAGUCCAAAGUGCAUCAUUGAAAGGCACACGGUCGAGCCAUACUAAAUCCUUGGGUACAUCAUUGAAAGGCACACCUCCAAAAAUCUAUAACAAAAUGUUCCUACGAUAACAAGGAUGGUAUCUGCUACAAAGACAAUCACUGGCAUUGAACCUAUUUUAUAAGCAGAGUACAUCUCAAAGUUUUGAGUAAAAGGGACGCUAAUUACGCACCCAACAUAUACUAGCAGCGAGUGUUUUCGAGCGAUGUACGUCGGCAGAGGCUGCAACUUGACUGCUCUCCUAGCCUCCGGCUUCCAUCCGCCAGCGCACGCCACACUGCAAGGCACCGAGUCGUAACAAAUUGCUCUCUCGUCCUCGCGGGGGACUGCGGGGCCAGAGGAAGGUGACGGGAUGUGCCCCUCAGCCCUGAGCUGAUCCUCUGCAUGCCUUUCGUCCAGGCCCCGGGUGCCACAGGACAGGUCUGCCGCGGCGCCGGCCGCCGGCAAACUGGAUCGCCGCCUGUGCGAAGCUGGUUUCGGGUUUCGUGUGAUAGGAGAUGAACCGGGCACGCAAGUGGACCGGCUUGUAUAGACAGACUUAAAUCAGGUCACAGAGCUGGUGGAUCCGGGAAUCUGCCUCGAUGACGUCAACGGCAUGCGGCGGGUCCGGUAUUCGAGGAGCAUGAGGAUGAUCCAGGCCGACAUGCCACAACAACCAUGGCUCAGCCUGCGGCGGGCCUCUUCUUCGGCUCACAAAGCCCUCGGAAAGACAAGUCAGGGGACAGAAAAAUGUUCAUCGACGACACGUACGUGGACUUGGGGGGAACCCAUACUAGUACAUUACUCGUCCUUAUUGUUCGAUGCAGAACAUGGUAUUCAUACAUAGUCCAUUUAUCAGUAUGUUCAAAAGAACGU